AUGGCGAACAAAGAAAAGUGAGUGAGAGCGUUUCGAAUGGGCGCACAAUCAGCACAACCCGAAUUCACAGACUUCCCGAAGAGGACAUGCUGCUGCCGUACUACCACGGAGCACUUAUGAAUCAGGACGCCGACCAGUUACUCGUGGUGCGUCGUCGUCGUCGUCAAUCGGUGAAAUGUCUAGAGGAAUGUUUUUAGAAUGAGGGUGAUUAUAUGGUAACGAUGAGAAUCCAUCCGGAGCUGAACAAAAUGCAAUUGUUUCUGGCGAUCCGCCUCAAAAAGGGCAUCCGUCGCUACGAGAUCAAGAGAAACGCGACGUCGGCGAAGAUGGCGAACCGCUCGGCGGCCAACAUCGGCAAACUCGUCGAUUCGCUCAAAUCGGAGCCGGUGGAGGUGAAGGGCGAGAAGGUGGUGCUGAAGAGAGCGAUCGCGAGGGGCAAGUUCCAGCUGAUGCACAAGGACGUCGACUUUAAGAAGAAGCUGGGCAGCGGCGCGUACGGAACCGUCUACCGCGGCCGGCUCAUCAAGUCGAACAUCAAGGUGGCGGUGAAGAAGUUGGACACGGAGGGCAACGACGAGGAGAUGCUGGCGGAAAUGAUGAAGGAGGCGCGCGUGAUGCAGCUAUACGACCACCCAAACAUCGUCAAGUUCUACGGCUACAUUCUCGACGACAUCCCCUACCUUCUCGUCUUGGAGUUUUGCAACGGUGGGUCCGUCGAAGAUCGGCUCACGGAAAAGGGCGAAAAGCUGAGCAACAAGACGCGCAUCAUGUACACGAGUCACGCGGCCGCCGGCAUCGACUACCUGCACAAGAAGACGUGAGUUGCGGAACAGUUGCGCCACGUCUCAUUCCCUCAAUUUUCAGCUGCAUCCACCGUGACAUCGCCGCCCGCAACUGCCUCAUCCACAAAGAAGUUGUCAAGAUCGCCGACUUUGGACUGUGCCGUGCGCAGUCCAUCUACAAAGUGGACCUGAGCAAGCCGUGCAACUUGCGAUGGCUCGCUCCGGAGGUGUGGGACAUUGGCGAGACGCGCUCGAACACGGACAUUUACGCGUUUGGAAUCAUGAUGUGGGAGUUCUUCGAGGUCCCCUACGACACGCCGUACAGUCAGUGGAAGGGAUAUCAGGUCAAGGUUAGACUAGAAUCCAGAAGGACGCCCAAACGCCACCAAACAGUUUCAGCAGAAAGUGCGUGCCGGAUACCGUCUGCCAGUGCCCGCCGGAAUGCCCCGUGACGUGGCCGACAUCAUGAAGGAGUGCUGGCACGCGGACCCGACAAAACGUCCGACCGCCGAGAAACUGAAAGAGAAGCUGGAGGAGGUGCUGCAAAAGGCCGAGACGUCCGCGGCGCCGGAGAGCAGCAAUCAACAGAAGACGAGCUAA